AUGAAUAUUAGAAAACUAUUCGAUGAGAUUCGAAGUGCUGAUCUGUUCAAUGCCUUUUGGGAGUACCCAGAGGAAAAGAAUCUUUCAGUUCUGGCAAGCAGGCUGCCCCACAUAAAGUCACCCAAGGAGCUCCGCUGUGCAAUUGCGCAGAUAUGCAACUAUGUGUUUGAGGAGAACGAGGAGGGCUCUUUUCUGUACACAGAGGCGCAGAAUCUGCUGAAGCAUGCGGAGGUAAGUGUGGAGAGAGCUGCUGCAAUGGCCAAUGUGACUAGUGCGUAUGCUGAUAUAAUAUCAAUAAAGGAGGAAAAGGAUAAGAAUAAAUUUGUUAUGUGGGAGAACGCAGUGAUUAACAAACUGUGCCAGCUAUAUAAGGAGUCGCUUAUUUCCUUCUGCAAAGACCUUUCUGUAUAUGAGAUAGAAGAGCACAUAAAAAUAGUCCUCUUUGGAGAGAGCCAAAGUGUUAUAUCAUCACCCGAGCAGAAUGCAAAUUAG